UCAUGCCGAACGGACGCUCACGCUGCGUCGAUUUCUCGCGGACGAAGAAAACUGGGGGAAGAAUUCGCCAGAUUUUGUUUAUUUACAUGCGUUACAUGGCUCUUUAAUUGGCUGCGCGAGUGUGGACGAGUGUUUGAGGGUGUGUGUGCAAAAAUAAUUUGCUUUAUUUUUUUUACACUUUUUUUUUACAUUCGAAAGUGCCUACCGAAAUACAAAAAAAAAAUUAACCAAAAAAAAAUCAAGUAAAAUAAAAAAGAAAGAUAGAAAAGAGAGUGUGUGUGUGAGAGUGUGUUAACCUGGGUACAGGCAUUAUGGACCGAUGCAUGUGAACUGACAGGAAAUAGAGCGCCAUUAAGCCAACAACAGCACAUCACAUCACAUCAAAAGGCAGUUAGAACCAUGGAAAGACGCGGCCCAAACAGAUUUGCUAAUUGAGGUCGUUGUCUAGAUUUCGCAGCGCACAAAUCGCACGCCAUUUUCUAGCAUGCUCUAGGAAUAUUACGAAACCCAAUCGAAAUUUAAAGGAAAACGCCGAAUUACACACGUCAAGACACGUUUGAAACGGAAGCGGAAGCGGAAACGGAAGUAGGUGAAGGUGGAAGAAGCAGAGAACAAGUGAGCGAGAGAGAGGGAAACAUUUGAGAAGCCACGCCCACAACAUGAGUAGCAUGAAGGGCGGCUUCUCCACACUGAAUCGCUGGUUUGGCCGGAAAAAGGACAAAUCCGGCACUGGCAGCUCCUCCAUGGGCAAGCUGUCCAAGUCGUCGACACAGCUGCACCAUUUGUCCACGGACACGGACUUGAACGAGACUAGUCAGCUGGAGUACAACCGGAUAACGCCAGUGCCCGCGGCCACCAGCAAUGCGCCCUUCGAGCAGACAUUCCGCAUCACCGUUCUGCUGCCCAAGGAACAGCUCUUUGUGGCCCGCCUGGGAGCCAGGGUGCCGCUGAGCAAGCUCCUUUCGCUCGUCUGCGACAACAAGCAACUGGAUGCGGACAAGUACGAGUUCCGGAGUCCAGUGGACGCUAGUCAGGUGUACAGCUGCGAAUCGACGAUCGGAGCAGUGGGUCUCUCGGAGAUUCGGCUGUGCCACAAGUCGGAGUCCUACGACACCUUCAAUCCGGAUGUGAUGCACAAGUUCCAGCGCACCGGAGCGGCGCGGGAUUCCCUAAGCAGCAGUUCCGAUUUCAGCAGCAGUCGUCACUCGAAGGUUACGGCCAAAACGCCAAGUCCGUAUAGUUCCAGCAACUCGCUGAACUCGAUGGACUCCACGGGCAUGAACUAUACGCGUACGCCGGUGGUGGUGCCGCCGGCAAAGGUUUUGGCACCACCGCCGCGCAAAAAGCGAACGGCACCGAGGCCGCCGAGUCAGAUUUGCAUCCCGGAACAGUCGGUUCCGGACAUUCCGGCUAGCGAGCCCGCCUAUGCGGUGAUUGUCAAGCGUCCGCAGCUCUGCAUGUCCACGCCGAAUCUCUCUGGACCACCGGAGUUGGAUUGUAAUGGCAACAGUAGCGCCAAGUCACCGGAUGCCGACUCCACGGACGGUCACUAUGCCACCUUGGAGCUAAAGCCUCCGGUGGCAGGUGGUCCCGAACCGACUCCCCGCAAGCGAUUGCUGCAGAUCAAGAAGAAAACGGCACCGGCACCACCGCCGGACUUCCAAAGUGGCGGGGAUAACAUAUCACUGGCCUCGCUGCCACUUCCUGAAGCGGUGACUACUCCGAAUAUUCCGCAGCCAGCUCCCAGGAUCACCACACCAUUGCCCAUUGCGCCGGCGGUUAAUCCGCCAUUGCCUUUUGUGAAUGGCAAUGGAUCACCACCUCCAACCAAUGGCAAUGUAUCCAAAGUCCUUCUAAAUAGAACUCCCACGCCGGAGCCCCGAUCUUUGGGCAGUGCCGCCGAGGAUGAUGACAAUGAUGCGGCUUCCAAGCAAGCGGAUUCGGGCAUUGGAGAGCCGGCACCAUCGCCCUCGGCUUCACCGGAACCCGAGGCGGAGGAGAAAUCCCAGCAGGAAUCCAGUUCCGAGGACGACGAGGCCAUCAAGGUGUACAAUUUCAAGCUGUGCCAGACCACCAAGCAAAAUGAGCCCACCAGUUUGGCGGAACUGGCAGUGCUGACGGCGCAAGAGGAGGAGGAGCAGGAGGAGCAAGUGCAGCCACCGCUGACCAAUGGAACCCCCUUGAGCGAGACCUCAAUCACCUCGUGGAACUACUCGGUGCCCAUAUCGCCGCCUCCCGACUUUUCCGAUCCGAAAAUGCAGAAGCUUAAGGGUUCUGCGAGUCCCGGUUCGCCGCUGGACGAGAUUGUGGAUGAACUGGCGACCAUAAUCAAUCAACAACGUCUGGACACGCUGAUCAAGAAGCAGCCCGAUCCACGGCUGGCGGAGAUUGAGGCGCCGAAACCGAAUCGAUUGGCCAAUUUCAGCAUAGCCACGGCCACGGCCAAAAUUGGACGAGCCGACUCGUUUCAGGCGGUGGGAGGAGGAGGAUUAGGAGGAGGAGGAUCAGAGGAGGUAACAUCCCUCAGUCUUCGCAGCUCCUCGCAUCUCUCCCUGAACAAACUGGAGCAGCAGCAGAAUGGCAUCAGUGGCCUGGGCACGAGGCGCUCCUCCAGCGAGCUGAGCAUCGGUGAAUCGCCCUCGUUGCAAAGUCUCGAGGUGAUCAAGACCAUCUUGAACUCGCGGAAGAACAGCUUGGCUGAGAGUGGAGGCAGUGCAUCAUCAUCAUUAUCAUCGCCUGUUACAGAGCAACCAAAGAUCAUCGAGAAGGUGGAAGGGCUGGAGAAGCUGGCCAAAGAAGAGUCUUCUGUGGAGGAGGAAGUGGUUACCAAGCAGUCGUCAGCCACUCCUGUCCAGAAACAGUCGACUCCGACUACUCCUUCUCCUCCUGCUGUUGAGAAAUUAUUAUCUUACCCUGUUGAGAAACCAUCAGCUUCUCCUGUUGAGAAAUCAUUACCUUCUCCUGUCCAGAAACAAUCGAUUCCUUCUCCUUCUCCUGCUGUUGAGAAAUCAUCACCUUAUCCUCUGCAAAAACAGUCGACUCCUCCUGCUGUUGUGAAACCAUCACCCAAUCCUGUCCAGAAACAAUCGACUCCUCCUCCUUCUCCUGCUGUUGAGAAAGUAUUACCUUCUCCCGUUGAGAAAUCAUCACCUUCUCCUGUUGAGAAACCCUCACCCACUCCAAUACAAAAGCAGCUUUCUUCGCCAGUUGAGAAGCCUUUAUCCUCGCCUGUGGUGACUCAGCAGGUGACUCCAUUGGCUCAGAAGCAAUCCCCGCCAGUGGCCAAAAAGCCAUCGCCCCCGGUGGUCAAGAAGAUGCCAGAGGUUUCACCAGUUCAAGUGGUCAAAGAGGAAGUUCCCAGCUCGCCAGUCAGUCCGGUUAACCUGAGGAGUACCCAACCAAGUCAACCCAUUGAAUCCGCUCCCAGCUCCAAGCCCCUGCCACCCACUUAUCGCUAUUCGGGGCCACCGAGCAUUAAUUUCGCCACCUGGAGCGAACGACCCAAGUCGACGGUGGCCAUCAAGAACGAGGGAGACUAUAUCUUUGGUGGGGCUGGGCAGGCCAAUCAAAGGAUCACCUCGCAGCCGCCUGCCAAGCUCACCAUCGAGGUGGCUUCACCCAUUCUGAGGAUGGGCAUUCCGCAGCGAAAGGAGUACCACGUUCCCAUUACGGUUAAGCCGCUAAAGGAUGCGGGUUUGGAGGAGAAGCAAGAGGAAAAGCUGGAGAAACCCGAGGUCAAAGAGCAGCCAAUUCAAGAGGAAACCUUUUCCGUUCAGGUUAGACUCAAGCCGCAGCCGAAACCCUUGGAGAAACCCUUGGUUCAGAACCAAAAUCAAUCUUCCACCCUGCCGCGUCCAGCCAAGACCAAUAGAUUCACCCUGCCCGCUGGCCAAAGCAACCAGGUGGUGGUCUCUAGCCUGGCCAGCUCCAAUUCCCUGCCUCGUCCGGUCUCCAGUCUGGAGAGGAAUCGACCAGGAGCAGUGGAACCAGCUAAUCCCGCUCCCUUUGGCCAGAACACCCUGCGGCGCACGGGUUUCAAGGAGCGCAUGUUGGCCAGGGAGCAGCAGGAACAAGAGCAGGCCUUGAGGAUUAGGGUCUCUGGGGUGUCGGUGAAUGGAAAUCACACUCCUUCUCCAGCAGCUGCAGCUGCUCCUGCUCCUGCCACGCCCACAUCCCCGCCAGAAACCAAGCCAGCGCCGCCGGCAAAGAAUGCGAAUGUGGUGCUCAAGUCCACCAAAGUGGAGCUGAAGCUCCAGGAGCCACCGGAAACUAGGGGGCUACAGAUCAAGCUAAAGUCCUCGGUAUCCCAGCCAGCGGCCACGCCCUCGCCGCCGCCACCGCCUCCCGUACUUCCGGCUCUGAAGCCCCUGAAGGCCCGGGAAAACGGAAGCGGAAACGGAAGUGGACGCAGUCCCACAUCACCGGAUCCGCGCUCCCAACUCCUGGAUGCGAUACGGAAUUUCAAACGCGAGGAGCUCAACCGAUCCUGAGUUUUUGCGAAAAUAAACAUUAUUAGAUAAAGAAAUAACAAGAAAAAUCAGGCACAAAAUCACAAAAGCAGCGCACAAGUUAUAUAUUUUUUAAACCGUUAACAGUAAAUUUUGUGUUGAGUUUGUAAAUAAUUUCGAAAAAGAAACGCCAAGAUUUAGUAGAACUUUUUUUUGCACAAACCCAUCCCCCUCCCUAAAAAACCCAGCGCUUCUAAAGCGCCUAAUACCCCAAUUUUUUUAACUAAUCUUAGUUUUUUGUUAUGAACUAUGUAGUUUUUUAAUUAUUUGUUUUAGUCAUUAGGUCACAAGAGAACCCAAAAAAGAAAAAAACUGAAAAAUACAAGAUAAAGAAAAACGAAAAGCGAAAGAUUUAUCUAAUAUACACGUAUGUUAUUAUGCCUAUAUAAUAUUUCGUAUGUCAUAGUGAAAUAUAGUAACCAAUUUUCUAACCAAUGGGACUGGUCUACUUAGUCGUGUCAAAUAAACAAAAAUCAAAUGGUAGCGAAAACAA